CUCGGAGGAAAAUCCCAAUAUCAUCAUAAAAAGUUGGGAUAAAAUUUCGGAAAAAGCAAUCACAGAAAGGGGUGGAGAAUGUUACGCAUCUGCAAAAGAGUUUUAUUCUAAGAAGAAGAGGAAACAGAAACUCCAUAGCCUAAAAAGCACAGAAAAAAAAGGAGCAGUCUUCUUCCUGUGCCCACAUAAUUCUUGACAAAAUUAGCGGUAUAGGUGAAUCGCCAGACAUUUUGUUUGACCUUCAUCAGCCAGAACCUCAUAAAUAAAAUUCCUCUAUAUUUAGCAAACACUUUCCUCACCAUCGACUCCUUUGUCCCUCCUCUCUUUUCUCUCUCUCUCUACCGCUGGCAUGAAAUCUUAGUAGUUUUUACCUCUGUCACUUUGUAACUCAGUCUAUCACAGUUUUGCGUUCGCUUGUUGUAGAACUCAUUCCCUUUCUCAGUUUUUCUAUCUGGGUCUUUUUGUUCAGCGUAAAUAGUAUUUUCGUGAAUGAGAGAUAGCUUUUCGAGGUGCGUAGUAUUUGGCUGAGUUCUUGGUUACAAAUCGACAAGCCAUGAUGUUGCAAGGAGAAACCAUAAAUGAACCUCAGGGGGAAAUCAAAGUCAGCUUCGAAUACCACUGCACCACCAAAAACGACGAUUCUCUCGACCAAAGUCCUAACUACAUCGACAUCCCUUCUUCCCCCCACGAACUGAUUCGGGCCAGCAGCUCCUUCUCAUGCCUCUUGGGAGCCGCCUUAAGCGCCAACGCCACCUUAGCAAACACCAACAUUUGCAACGGCUUAAUCGGCUCCGAGAUACUCCCAACUUUAGACUCCCCAAACUCCUUCCGCAAAAUACCCUCCUCGACCAAAUUGGACUUCUUUCUGUCUUCUUCCCUUCCCAGCAGCAUGUCCAGUUUGAGCUUCAGUCCUUCAUCCCUAAGCGAUUACGACUCCAUUUCACUUAAAUCCAUGAGCGACCCUUAUAGAAACGAUAGCUUUCUCAAUCUGAAUGAAGUCCAGAUUGCAGGUGGGCCCGCGGGCGAAGAUCGGGUUCAAGCCGUCUGCUCUGAAGAAAAUGGAUGGCUCUUUUGUUCUAUAUAUGAUGGGUUUAACGGUCGUGAUGGGGCCGAUUUUCUUGCUGGGACUCUUUACGAAACAGUUGCGUGUCACCUCAAUUUAUUCGAUUUUCAAAAUAUGGAUGGUUUUGUUAAGCAGGGAGUUCUAAGUAGACUUCAGCACGCGCUCGACCAGACGGAGAACGAGUUUCUUCACAUGGUCGAGCAAGAAAUGGACGAGAGGCCGGAUUUGGUGUCUAUAGGGUCUUGCGUUUUACUUGUUCUGUUGCAUGGGAAGAAUUUGUACGUGCUUAAUCUUGGUGAUAGUCGGGCUGUGCUGGCUACUUAUGGUAGAGGGAGUGAAGAAAUUGAUGGUUGGGAGCUUAAGGCAGUUCAGUUGACCGAUAAUCAUACGGUUGACUGUGAAGCUGAGAGAAUACGGGUUUUGAAUGAACAUCUGGACGACCCCAGUGUGGUCGUGGGUGGGAAGGUUAAAGGGAAGCUGAAGGUUACUCGAGCAUUCGGUGUCGGUUACCUGAAGAAGAAAUGCAUGAAUGAUGCUUUAAUGGGUAUUCUCCGAGUCCAAAACCUCAUAAGCCCUCCGUAUGUAUCCACACAACCGUCCCUAAGAGCUCACGAGGUCUCAAACUUGGACCAUUUUGUCGUGCUUGGUAGUGAUGGCUUGUUCGACUUCUUUACCAAUGAUGAAGUUGUGAAGCUUGUGAAUUCUUACAUAUUGCGAAACCCUUUUGGUGAUCCGGCUAAGUUUUUGGUGGAGCAGCUUGCCGCAAGAGCUGCAGAUUCUGCAGGUUUUAGUAUGGAGGAGCUGAUGAGCAUCCCUGCUGGCAGAAGGCGAAAAUAUCACGAUGAUGUUACUGUUAUCGUAAUUGUUUUGGGCUCGAACAAACGGACCUCAAAGGCAUCGACAUGCCUAUAAAUAACCAAGUCGAGCUCAAACACAGAUUCAUGUGCCCCCUUUUCCUUAUUUUAUUACUUGUUUUAGGAAGAGAUAAAUAUGUGUUCAUAUUCCAAAAUAUCUUUGGAAUGCGAUGACGAAUAAAAAUGUUGCUUGAUGAUGAAUUUGGUUGUGUCUUCUGGAAUCUUUUUGCAGUAGAUAAUAUAAAGGGUUGAAUGGAAAAUUGGUUCUUUGUUCCUCGUGAAGCCACCACAACUAAACCCAGGAAAAAGAACUUUUUUUCUUGAUUUGUAGUCUAAAGAAUCUCUUUUGUUCCUUUCUGAUUAUAAAUGUUUUAGCAUAUGUCUGAUCAUGCAUGAUCUUCGUCUUAUUGUUCGAGUCCUUUUCAUCUUUACAGCUUCUAGGUCUGUCAAAAUUUAAUUUUUAUUUUGGCUUAAUUACAGGAAACAUCACGACGUUUUUGUAAAU